AUGGAAACGCAGCACACGCACGGACUUUGCCACACCUGCAGAAGAGCGGAGAGCCAUAGAUUGAGGGUCAAGAAGAUGUCUUCAUCCAGUCGCGCGCUGCUGUUUGCGUUGGCCCUGACGCUGUACGUAGUGGAAAUGGCCUCUGCCGAGACGCUGUGUGGGGGAGAGCUGGUGGAUGCGCUGCAGUUCGUCUGUGAAGAUAGGGGCUUCUAUUUCAGUCGGCCCACGAGUAGGUUUAAUAACCGGCGCGGGCAGAACCGGGGGAUCGUAGAGGAGUGCUGUUUCCGUAGCUGUGAUCUGGCCCUGCUGGAGCAGUACUGUGCCAAACCAGCCAAGUCGGAGAGGGAUGUGUCCGCCACGUCUCUAGUCAUCCCCAUGAUGCCAUCACUAAAACAGGAAGUCCCAAGGAAGCAGCAUGUGACCACCAAGUAUUCCAAAUACGAGGUGUGGCAGAGGAAGGCGGCCCAGCGGCUCCGGAGAGGAGUCCCCGGGAUCCUGCGGGCCCGGAAGUUUCGGAGGCAGGCGGAGAAGAUCAAGGCCCAGGAGCAGAUCGUCUUCCACAGGCCUCUGAUCAGCCUGCCCAGCAAACUGCCUCCUGUCUCGCUCACCACGGACCACUAUUCCUCUUUGACCUCCCCUGCCCUGUCCGAGCCCACCAUCCCUCCCCCUGUUCUCAUCCAAUACUGUUUCUACUGCGACCCCCCCAGAGAGACCCCCCACCCCAAUGCACAGACUCCACAUUCUUUCUGUCUCAACUCUUUUGGCUCCCCCUCUCUUUAG